GCGUGGGUGCUCUUAGGGAAGAAAAUAUAGCCGCUGUAUGCUCCUCCGAGAUGUCUUUUGGAGCCGAAUCAAGCCGUCAACAGCUCUACACAAAAAGGAAUUUUGUUCAGGUGGGUGAUGGAAAUAGAAUAGUGCGCUUCAGGGAUAGGAGUGAACCACGAUGCAACGGCAGACAGCGAUUAAUCCGACUCAUUCCAUUGGUGGAAGAAUCACUGCCGCGAGACGGUGUAAUUAGCGGUCUGCAAUUGCGUACGGUGGGCGAAGCCAGAAGAGAAUUGAACGACUGCCCAAGAACGAAUGGCUUUCGAGACUCACGGAUAGAACAUGAACAACAUCCUACUCUCAGCGAUUUUACGAGCGACUGUAGAACAAACAUUGAAAAGCUCACGCAAGAGAAAUCAAGAUUACAGCACGAGUUCGAGAAUGUUUAUAGGACAAGUAAUAUCUUGGAAACAGGAGCAGCUAAACACGAAGGCGGUCAAAACAAUCCUACCAAUGCUAUACUGUCAGCUAUCAAAGACGACCUGCGUGUUCUGCUUUAUGGCCAGCAAAACAUAGGUUUUCGACUUGACUCAUUGCAAAAGGAGCAAAUCAAAAACAAAAAUGAGCUGGAAGCGGACCUUGCGAGAAUCAAAGAAGAGCUGAAAAGUGGCUUGGCAGAGAAACCUGUCGAAUCCAGCGAUCUUACAGAAGUCAGGCAAAAACAGCAAAAUCUCUACAACGAAUUCAACAUUCUCUUCCUUCGCCUUGAUGAAAUAGAGCAGCUAGUGGCGAAUCUGCUACGAGACACGAAAGAGGAGAUGUACGUGAAGACAGGGGAUCAGCAACAAGGCAAAGUCGAAGAACUCACAAAAAGUGAAUCUCUACAAAGUGUGCUGUCUAUUUCUUCCGGAUCGAGUGUUGAAGAUCCAAGUAGUCAGCUGAGGAAGUCCCGUAAACCAUCACAAGCCUUUCUGUUUAGUCAAAGCCUAGAAGAGCCAAAGGUAGCUAUUGGCAAAGCACAAACUACGGACGUUACUCGCUUUUGAUUUUUUUUCAAAAUCGCUGUUUUAAUCUUUUUUGGUUAAUCUUUGAGAUAUUGUGC